AUCGAACCGGAUCGGAUCUACACUGAAUUAAAGAUCGACCGGUUACCUUAGCUUCUCAUCUAAGCGAAAAAGACAAAGGAAAGUCUCCUUCCUUUCCAUUUCUUUUUCCUUUUCCAAAAACCUCCGAUACUUCCUCUCUCCCUUUCCUCCGAUUCCAUAUCUCUCUCUUUCUGCUAGGGUUUGGGAGUUAGUGAAGAAGGGGUUGUGAUUUCAUGGGGCAACAAUCGUUGAUCUACGCCUUCGUGGCACGAGGCACCGUGGUCUUAGCCGACUAUACGGAGUUCACCGGAAACUUCACCGGCAUAGCUUCUCAGUGUCUCCAGAAACUUCCUUCUUCAAACAACAAGUUCACUUACAACUGCGAUGGCCAUACCUUUAACUAUCUCGUCGAUAACGGCUUCACUUAUUGUGUGGUUGCUAUUGAAUCCGUUGGCAGACAGGUUCCUAUGGCAUUUCUUGAGAGAAUUAAAGAGGAUUUCACCAAGAGAUAUGGUGGAGGAAAAGCUGCAGCUGCCCCUGCAAACAGCCUGAGCAAGGAGUUUGGGCCAAAAUUAAAGGAGCAUAUGCAGUAUUGCAUUGAUCAUCCUGAGGAGAUCAGUAAGAUUGCCAAAGUGAAAGCUCAAGUUUCAGAAGUUAAAGGAGUUAUGAUGGAAAACAUUGAGAAGGUUCUGGACCGUGGUGAGAGAAUUGAGCUUCUGGUGGAUAGAACAGAAAAUCUUCGCUCUCAGGCACAAGAUUUCCGGCAGCAGGGAACCCAGAUGAGGAGAAAGAUGUGGUUACAGAACAUGAAGGUAAAGCUUAUAGUUCUCGGAAUCUUGGUCGCUUUGAUCCUCAUCAUUGUACUGUCUGUUUGUCACGGCUUCAAAUGUUCAUGAAUUGUAUGUGCGCUCUACAUUCCAUCGGCAACUCCCAGAUCAGAAUUAUUGCAAUCACAAGUAAUGUCUAAUGCUCUUUCUAGUUAGAUUUCCUUGUUCUUUUUUUUUUUUUUGGAAAUCACAUGUGGGUUAUGUAUAACCAUAUCAGAAGACUGUAUUUAGAAUAUAAGUUUGUGUUUCUGGAUCCUUUUGAUAGUAGUAAGUUUGUUGAUGUGUGGAAAUAUGAUUAAGCAUCUUUGGAAAAUUAAUCUUGAUUAAAGUAUUUUCAAGUUAUCCUAUAAUCAAGCCUUCGGGUUUUUUU